AUGUUCAUUGAGAUUUUCCAGGAAAUGAUGCCUGAUGAAGCACAGAAGGUUGUUGUAGUACCUGAAGACAAAUAUAAGCAUUCUGAGGAACCCAAGAGUCCUUCAUUUAAGAGAAGGAAGAAUAUGGUCCUGUUGUCAAUGAAAGAAGAAAGACAGGGAGAUUCCCUUCUUGGGGGUUCUAUCAUGUUAAAGGAAAAGAAUGUGCCUGUCAUUCAUGAUGUCCAUGUGGAGGAGAAGGAAAGUGGUCAAAGUCCAACUGUUGGCUCUCCAGGAAGACCUGUUUCUUCAGAUCUUAUGAAUAUGGUAGGAGAUGGUUUUUCACCAAUCCCACUGGAUUCCCAGUUGGAUGACAUCACUCUUAUCAGCAAAGAUGAGCUGGUUCACAAACCUGGUACAGAUGCACUUGUAGGAGAAGUCCCUACCAGCAGCACUCUCUCUGCAGAUGACCCAAAAGUCACAGAUAUGUCCACUUUGCCAAAGAGCCCAGAAGAAAUUAAUGCUGGUAUAAAAACUCAAUUAAGGAAAGAAAUUCGACAAUUUGGACGAAAAUAUGAAAGAAUCUUCGCAUUGCUUGAAGGAGUACAAGGAACUCAAGAAGCCAGGAAACAAUUUGUUGUGUCUACCAUCAAGGAAGCAGCAAGGUUUAAAAGACGAGACUUAAUUAAGCACCUUGAGAAGAUGCUCGAACGAAUGGUUCCCAAUGGCUUUUCACACAAAAUAGAGUAA